AAUUAAAGAAGCAAGUGGAGAGUGCUGAGUUGAAAAACCAGCGUUUAAUGGAAGUCUUCCGAACAAAGAUUCAGGAGUUCCGCACAGCGUGUUAUAAACUGACCGGCUACCAGAUUGAUAUAACAACCGAGAAUCAAUACCGCCUCACUUCCGUCUAUGCCGAGCACAGAGAAGACUGUUUGAUCUUCAAGGCCUCCAGAUCUUCUGGUGCAAAGAUGCAACUUCUGGAAACUGAAUUUUCACAGACUGUCCGCGAAUUGAUAAACCUUCAUCUCCUGCAACAGGAUAGCAUUCCUGCAUUCCUUAGUGCAGUUACACUCGACCUCUUCAGUCGCCAGACGGUGGCUUAACCCUGCUUCAGCGAGGAGAUGUAUUCUUUGCAUCAUCUGCUCAUGGCUCACAGAUGGAGAUGACUUGCAGGACUUCUGCUGAGGCACUGAUCCAUGGAGAUGAACCAGGCCUUUUCUCAUUUUAAUUUCCAUUUGUAUAUUUCAAGGUCCUGUAGUGAUCCUUCAGCGUCUUUCCUAUUUCCUGAAGAAGUAACCUAAAAAAUUGAAUUUCUUCUUUCUUUCUUUCUUUCUUUCUUUCUUUCUUUCUUUCUUUCUUUCUU